ACCAGGAAAAUUGCUUGGUGUAGCUGUAUCGGAGAGAAGGCUCGGGAGGAGGUGAAAUUACGGGAUAUGAUGACUGAGAAACAGACGGCGGCGGAGAAGAUAAUUACAGAUGCGAUGGCUAAUCCUUCUCCAGCAAAGAGCAUGGGUGACCCUGGAAUAACCCCACUGUCCCCUUCACACACUCAGAACGACACAGAGCAGGUACAGUCACAGCAGUCCUUUGUGGUGGUGGUCGCCAUCGACUUCGGCACCACGUCCAGCGGUUAUGCUUAUGCCUUCACGAAGGAGCCAGAGUGCAUUCACACCAUGAGGCGCUGGGAAGGUGGAGACCCUGGUGUAUCCAAUCAGAAGACUCCCACCACAAUCCUGCUGACUCCAGACAGGAAGUUCCAUAGUUUUGGCUACGCGGCUCGUGACUUCUACCACGACUUAGACCCCAGCGAGUCCAAGCAGUGGCUCUACCUGGAAAAAUUCAAGAUGAAGCUCCACACUACUGCAAAUCUGUCCAUUGACACAGACCUUCACGCAGCCAACGGGAAGCGAGUAAAAGCUCUGGAUAUCUUUGCAUAUGCACUGGCCUUCUUCAAGGAGCAAGCACUAAAGGAGCUGAGUGAUCAGACAGGCGGCGAGUUUGACAACAAUGACGUGAGAUGGGUGAUCACAGUUCCUGCCAUCUGGAAGAUGCCUGCGAAGCAGUUCAUGAGGGAAGCUGCCUAUAAGUCUGGUCUGGUGCCCCGUGAAAACCCGGAGCAGCUGAUCAUCGCCUUAGAACCCGAAGCAGCAUCAAUCUAUUGCCGCAAGCUCCGCCUCCACCAGAUGGUGGACCUGGGGACCCAGACCACCCAGAACGGCUUCAGCCCCACCGACAACGUGGGAAGCGGCAUGACCCAAGGUGACCGUUAUGUGGUGGUGGACUGUGGAGGAGGGACAGUGGACCUGACGGUUCAUCAGAUCCGUCUUCCAGAGGGACAUUUAAAGGAGCUCUACAAGGCCUCAGGUGGCCCCUACGGCUCUAUCGGGAUUGACUACGAAUUCGAGAAGCUGCUGUGUAAGAUCUUCGGCCAGGAUUUCAUCGACCAGUUUAAGAUCAAGAGGCCGGCCGCGUGGGUGGACCUGAUGAUUGCCUUCGAAUCUCGGAAGAGAGCGGCGGCCCCCGACAGGACCAACCCCCUCAACAUCAACCUGCCUUUCUCCUUCAUCGACUACUACAAGAAGUUCAGGGGCCACAGUGUGGAGCAUGCCCUGCGCAAAAGCAACGUGGAUUUUGUGAAAUGGUCGUCCCAGGGGAUGCUGAGGAUGAGUCCAGACGCCAUGAACUCCCUCUUCAAGCCCACCAUAGAUCACAUCAUUCAGCAUCUGACCGAGCUCUUUGAGAAGCCAGAGGUGAACGACAUUAAGUUCCUGUUCUUGGUGGGAGGUUUUGCGGAGUCGCCCCUGCUGCAGCACGCUGUCCAGAACAUGCUCCAGGGCCGCAGUCGCAUCAUCAUCCCCCAUGACGUUGGUCUCACCAUCCUGAAGGGCGCCGUGCUGUUUGGCCUCGACCCCAGUGUCAUUAAGGUCCGGCGCUCGCCCCUCACGUACGGCGUGGGCGUCCUCAAUCGCUUCGUGGAGGGUAAGCACCCGCCAGAGAAGCUGCUGGUGAAGGACGGCACCCGAUGGUGCACUGACGUUUUCGACACCUUCAUCGCCGCCGACCAGUCCGUGGCGCUGGGUGAGAUGGUGAAGCGGAGCUACACGCCGGCCAAGCCUUCCCAGCAGGUGAUUGUCAUCCACGUCUACUGCUCCGAGAAGGACGCCGUGGGGUUCAUCAGCGAGCCGGGCGUCAGGAAGUGCGGAACGCUUCGCUUGGAUGUGAGCGGAACGGAAAGCACAGCGCCGCGUCGCGAGAUCCAGACGCUCAUGCAGUUUGGCGACACAGAGAUUCGGGCCAUGGCGGUGGACGUGUCCACCGGACGCACCGUCAAAGCUAGCAUUGACUUCCUAAGCCAUUAAGUAGACCGUGAGAGAGCUAAUGUAAGAAUUGCUGGAAGGAAGCGAACGGAAACAUACACCUUAUACACACACACAUACACACUCACACAUAUGCACACACACGCAAUAAGCUGGGUAUAUUUACUGGAAAGUGUUAAAUGAUAAUCAUCAUAAUAAUGAAUCUCAUUCACUCUCAGUCUAAGCGCGGGCUUAAGUCUAAGUCUAAGCGCGGGUGCAUCACUUCACUCCGUCCCGGUAGCUUGUUUGCUGACAGGCUCCACAGUGUUCACACACUCAUAACAAAGCCAUACUCCCCCACCCAAGAACCUGUGACUCACCUGUGAUCGCUACCCCGCCAUCAUCAUUCAUUCAUCAUGAAUUUCAAAUCAAGUCAUACGGUAUAUUCCUACACAGCCAUGCUGGAUCCACAGUCAGAUGCACCUUUACAUGCUUCAGUAGAUCACUGUAUUUCAGCGAUGACGCUGAUUUAUGCCGUGUGAUGCACCACAAAACAUUUUGUGUUAUAACAGUAUAUAAAGGUAUAAAGGUAAUAAUGAUAAUUCCAUGGAGCUUUGAUGCAUCAGCUCCACUCCUCCACAGUUCUGAGGACCAUUCCAGUGGUUUUGCAUGAUUCAGCCCUUUAAACACUGUGUUGUAAUACAUCACACUGCUGUCAACCAGUUUCCCCAGUAUACCAUUUUAUUUUAGUUUAAUUGCUUAAACAAACCCAUUAGUGAUAUAAUCCUCUGCAGUGAACAUUUAGUCGGUUUAGUUACGUUAUUACAUGGUAAUUUUAUUUUAUGGCCACUUGGGGGCAGUGAAACAAGCUGUAAACAUCACAUAAUAAAGUUGAUGACUAACAUGUUAGCAAACAGCUCACUAUUCACAUCUGAGAGACGCAGAGCAGUCUGCGUUAGCACUCGUUUGCAGCCAUGUUGAAUGUUUGUGUUGAAGAGCAGUGUUCACUUUGCUUUUAGCUCUGGUUUGGUCUCCACCAACUCCUGACAAAAAAAAAAAAAAAACACCUGGCUCUCCAGCUGCCACAUGUUCACCAGCUUCGUCC